AUGGCAACGAAAAAGGCGUGCGUGGAUGCGCCCAAAAGGAGCCGGAGUCCGGUCGUGUUGGAGGCGGAGAUGUUCAGUGAAUUUCAGGAUUGGUGUCUCCGGACUUAUGGAGACUCCGGUAAAACAAAGACGGUCACCCGGAGAAAAUACAACAAAAUCAUGCAGACACUGUUGCAGAACGAGGAGUCGGACGGCGUCUACAUCGACAACAGCCACAUCAACGCCAAAUUCAAAUUCUGGGUGAAGUCUAAAGGGUUUCAGGUCGGGACCAACGUGUUGGGAGAGCACAACAAGAAGGGAGCUCCAGGGAAACCCGUCCUCUACGUCCCGGUCAAGACCACGUGCUCGGAUGGGAAUUCGGCCCAAGACAACUCCUCCCUGAAGCGUGUGGCCGUGGUGGAAGACUUCUUCGACAUCAUCUAUGCCAUGCAUGUGGAGAUGGGCGCCGACCCGGGAAGAGCGCCCAAACAUGCAGGCCAAAAGAAGACCUACAAAGCGAUAGCAGAGACCUACGCCUUCCUGCCCAGAGAGGCGGUGACUCGUUUCCUAAUGAGCUGUGGAGAGUGUCAGAAGAGGAUGCACAUCAACCCGAGCACUGCAGAGUUCAAAGAAAAUGACAGACCCACCUCGCUGGUCCCGGACCUCAUUGAUUACAACAUGCCUCUCACUGCCACCUACCUAAAACAAAUGAAGCUGCAGUGCAUGACGGCCACUGAAAGGGAUGACAGUUCGGUGAGCAGCGAGGACAUGAACGGCAUCGAGCCGACCUGGGUCGCAGCUGAGCCGCCUCCAGUGCCUGAGCCCAGUCCGCCUAACGGAGAGAGAGUCAGCAACCAAACGGCCCCCGUUAAAGACGAGGAUGAUGACGUCUCCUCGGAGAGCGGCAGUGCCAACGGGCUGCCGGCCCUGACCUCCCCCGAGGCAUUGGCUGUGGGUGGGAACCCCCCAGAUGGUGGGGCCCCUUACGGGGAGGUGACGGAGAACGGGCUGAGCGCUCCCCUGGACUUCAGCACCACCUCGCCCUCGUCCACCUCUGAGGAUCAGCAGCCGGUCAAUCUGAGUGACAGACUGCUGCCAGCGGGGAGCUCGCCACCAAACUCUUACCCCGCAGACCCCAACAGGAAGUACCCCAUCAAAUCAGAGUACAACAACAAGUCCCCUCCUUACAGCUCAGGGAGCUAUGACUCUGUGAAAACUGAACUGAGCAUGAGCGCUGAGGACUUGACCUCCGGUCGGGCACAGAUAAUCGACGACGACGAUGACGAUCAUGACGACCACGAUGACAGUGACAAGAUCAAUGACGCUGAGGGCAUGGACCCUGAGAGACUCAAAGCCUUCAAUAUGUUUGUGCGUCUGUUCGUGGAUGAGAAUCUGGACCGCAUGGUGCCCAUCUCCAAACAGCCCAAGGAGAAGAUCCAAGCCAUCAUCGAGUCCUGUAGCCGCCAGUUCCCAGAGUUUCAGGAGCGUUCCCGCAAGCGCAUCCGCACCUACCUCAAAUCUUGCCGCCGUAUGAAAAAGGGUGGUUUUGAGAUUCGACCAACACCUCCUCACCUCACCUCCGCCAUGGCCGAGAACAUCCUCGCUGCUGCCUGUGAGAACGAAACCCGAAACGCUGCCAAGAGGAUGCGGCUCGAUGUAUACCCAGCGGUAAAUGAUGAACCUGCCUCUGUUGACAAGACCAACUCGAGGGACCCGGCCUCUGUGGCCCCGUCAGGGUUCACCAUCUCCAGCGCAGCUUUUGCCCAAGACCAGCUCUACACCAACGGAGGCCUCAACUACAACCUGCGGGGAUACGGGACAGUCGGCAGCAACCAGCAGAACUCUGGAGCUGCACACACCAACGGUCCCACAGAUCUGAGUAUGAAGUCAGUCGGCCCAAACUCCACCUCCUCCAGCUCCAACAGUCACGGUCAGGGAGGCGGCGGCGGCGGAGCGUCGGCCCAGCUCAGCCCUCCAGAGGUCACGGCGGUGAGGCAGCUCAUCGCAGGAUACCGGGAGUCCGCCGCCUUCCUGCUCCGCUCAGCGGACGAGCUGGAAAACCUGAUCCUGCAGCAGAACUGAGACCAAGCCGAACCUUUUCUCACAGCCUGUCCAUCUCUG